AUUGAGCGCACGGUCUUAAGUCGAACUCAUCUAAGGCUUACGACUAACUUUCUUCAGUAAUUAUGUUAAACAUGCUUGAGUAACCUAAACUCUUAUGCGUGGUAUUUUUGGCGGGGUACAUGGUUAGAUUAGACAUUCUCAUCUGUCGUAAACAGCUCUGACCGUACUAAUUGUAAGCACUUUUUACUAAGCGGAAUAUUUUGCAAGCUAGGCUGCCGUGUUUACGAAGGAACAAAUGCCGUUUCAUCGGAGCUGUCUGCCUCGCGGAUGAUUUAGCUGCGUGUUGUUUACAGCUGCUGUUUUGAUUUGUUUUUAAAAGACAGCUGUUUCCUUUCGCUGCACGGCAAGUCGUCUCGCAGCUCUCCUUUCCAUGUGAGAACCAGUGCCAACGCCUUUUCUCGGUCACACGUUUCGCUUUUCAGAAAACUAGGCGAAGGUCGUCGCUGCAUCGCACUUUGUAGUUAUUGUUUCGUUUGUUGGCUGACUUACGCAAAGAAAAGGACGACUGGGAAGUCAAGAUGGGCUGCACGCUAAGCGCAGAAGAUAAGGCUGCGGUGGAGAGGAGCAAAAUGAUUGAUCGGAAUCUGCGGGAAGAUGGAGAGAAAGCAUCCAGAGAAGUAAAACUACUGCUGCUUGGUGCUGGUGAAUCAGGAAAAAGCACAAUAGUCAAGCAGAUGAAAAUCAUCCAUGAAGACGGCUACUCCGAGGAAGAGUGUAAGCAGUACAAGGUGGUGGUGUACAGUAACACCAUCCAGUCUAUCAUUGCCAUCAUUAGAGCCAUGGGUCGUUUAAAGAUUGACUUUGGUGACCCCUCGAGGGCGGAUGACGCGAGGCAGUUGUUUGUGCUAGCCGGGACAGCAGAGGAAGGGGUCAUGACCCCCGACCUGGCUGGGGUCAUCCGUAGACUGUGGAAGGAUGGGGGUGUGCAGAGCUGCUUCACCCGGUCCAGGGAGUACCAACUCAAUGACUCCGCUGCUUAUUAUCUGAAUGAUCUGGAGAGGAUAUCCCAGCAAGGCUACAUGCCCACGCAGCAAGAUGUACUGAGGACUCGUGUGAAGACCACAGGCAUUGUGGAGACCCACUUUACCUUCAAAGAGCUCUAUUUCAAGAUGUUCGACGUGGGUGGCCAGCGGUCAGAGAGGAAGAAGUGGAUCCACUGCUUUGAGGGCGUCACAGCCAUCAUCUUCUGUGUGGCCCUGAGUGACUACGACCUGGUGCUGGCUGAGGAUGAGGAGAUGAACCGUAUGCAUGAGAGCAUGAAGCUGUUUGACAGCAUCUGCAAUAACAAGUGGUUCACAGAUACGUCAAUCAUCCUCUUCCUCAAUAAGAAGGACCUGUUUGAGGAGAAAAUUAAAAAGAGCCCUCUCACAAUCUGCUACCCUGAAUACUCUGGUUCCAACACGUACGAGGAGGCGGCAGCCUACAUCCAGUGCCAGUUUGAGGACCUGAACAGGCGGAAGGACACUAAGGAAAUCUACACCCACUUUACAUGUGCCACGGACACCAAGAAUGUGCAGUUUGUCUUUGAUGCAGUCACUGAUGUCAUCAUCAAGAAUAACCUGAUCGAGUGUGGACUCUACUAAAGUGUGAAGCUUUGUUGCCAAGUGAUUUUGAAUAUGGUGGCAGAAAACGAAGCAGGCCUCACUGGUUGGAUGUCACUGGUGCUGUCUGUAGCGGACUCCGGCUGGCGGGGGGACGUUGACACGAUCCGGACUGCUGCCAUUGCCAAGCUGUGUGUCCACCAUAGUUCUUACUGUGCGUUUUUGGAGCAGCUUUCUCAAACAGCCCACAUUGACAGUCCUAUCAGUUUUUUCUUCAACUCCAAGGUGCAAUGUAGUGAGAGCAGGAUGAAUGUUUUCUGUCUAUGUUGAGAAUGCAGUCCACAUCAGCCGUUGUUUCACUGGCAGUGACUUUCAAUGGGUUUCACAGUAUAUGGAGUAGUACUGUGCACACAUUAACCAAACGAAAUGGAUGGAAUCAGCUUAUAGUGUAUUAAACAUUUGUUAGGCUGUUAGCAGACCAUUUUGGAUGACAAUGCAUCAGCUCUUUUGCCAAAAAGAGAAGUAUCUUAAUAUUAUCUGCCACAUAACUGUGACUUCCGCAGCUUGCCAGAUUUUUCUUAGCUCUUUUUUUCUUAUUAGUUUUAUGGGUACAUUUAUUGACAAUUAGAUUUUUCUCAUCUUUCAUUUAUUAGGGCCAGGUUUCAUAUAAAAAUCAGUGAUAAGACACAUGAAGGCAUAUACUUUUAUAGUUAUUUUAGAUUUUAAGUUUAAAGUUUCGUAUAAAUAAUGUCUCAGUGCUUCAUGAGCAAAAAUGAACUGUUAGUUAUUAAAAUUUAAUCAUUUAUUUCUUUUCCUUUUGCUAAAUAAAACUAGACCAUUUCAUAGACCAUUUUAUAAUUAUUACUCGGAGUGGUUUCACUGCAAGUGUGUAUUGAUCAUUUAAAUAAUACAUUUUUAAAUAAAGUUUGCAUGGUAAUGGCAUUUUAAUGAGCAGAUAGAGAACACUGUUAUAAUAAAAUUCUAAGUAAUUAUGACUAAUUACAUGGCAGCAAAGUAUGCAUUCACUGCUUGAUAUCCUAGAGGCGAAUUCUGCUUUUUGACUUCUGGGCCCUUUAUAACCUAGCUGAGGAUGUCAAAGCUCAGCUCCUCAGACAUGCACUUACAUUUUACAUUUGGCAGACACGCUUAUCCAGAGCAACUUACAAUUUCAAUCAUGUUCCAGAGGUAGGUGAAUGUUGUGUUAGGAGUCUUGCCCACAGACUCGUAUUGGUUUAGCACAGAGCACUUACCCAGAUGGGGGAUUAAUCUGCAUUCCUCUGUAGAAGAAGUAGAAAUGUUACCCACUACACUACACCAACCACUCACAUCACCCACUUUAUUAGAAACACCUGCCUUGCUGCUGCACUCGCUGACCAGUUUAUUAGGUAGGCAUUUUAUAGGUGACAAAUCACAGACCAUACCUAGCUGUUGCAGUGCACCCCAUUUGUAAGCCUGCUCAGUUUCAACAUUUCAACAUUCAACACUGGUCAGUUUCCAAUGAAUAUUUCUGAGCAGAUUAUCUGGUAGAAGACCAGAAAACAGCGACAUGGACACAGUUGUGGUAGUGUAGCAGGCACAGCAGUGCUGCUGAAGUCAUGUGUUAGUUUCAUUGCUGGGUUGAGAGUGAUUUGCCACCAAAACAUGUCUAUUAUACAGCAGUUCUGUGGUCAUUAAACUGAGCAUUGAUUGAGUUGAAGGAUGGAUACAAAUUGUAGAGUAGCCUCUAACUACAUCUGUAAGAGGUUUCUAAUAAAAUGAGUGGUAUGUACAUAUGUAUGUUUUUGUUUCUAAAGAGAGAUUUUUUGUUUUUUAUAGACUAAUUUUCCUUAAUUUUUAGCUGUCAGAGUUUUUCCUGAAACUCCUCAUACUAGCUAAUUUUCUACCACCAACUUCCGAAACCAAGUAAACUUAAAGGGGUCUAUGGGUCAUCAGUUUAGAGUUAUCUAGGGCCCAAAAGGGAAAAACAUAAUUCUCCUUAAAGGUCUUGCAAAUUACUGGAUACUGGUACUAUUGGAUGUGCUUUGUUUAGUACUGUGGAUUUUGUUUUGUGAAACUAAACAUCAUAGACUGUUUUUGCAAUUGGUUAACAUGUUUCUUCAUUUUAUUCGAUUAAACCUGUAGCUUGCCUUUUACUUUUCACAUUCAUUCUUACUAAAAAAAAACACAUACACAGAAUAAUGCAGUGUGUAAGAGUAUCCUUAUUCGUCUUCAGAAUUGGGCAUCAUUUUUGUGGUUCAUUGUCUUAAGCACUGGUGCCUCUGUCCUCUAUGGUAUAGCACUUGUCGUUUUCUGCUACAGUAUUAAACAAAGUGCUUGUUGUCUCCUUUUUCUAUAAUGGGCCACUAAUAUAUAUUUUAACACCAAAUUACAAUAUUCUUUGUCAAGGUUGUUGUUUGUUUUUAAAUCCAGUGUACUGUGUGGGGAUGGACCAGUGGUCAACAACUACCUGUAUGCUUGUUAAUGUUAGACCAAACCGGAAAUAUAUGUGUAAUUUAUAAAUCUCAACAACAUGGGGUUAUCACAACAAUACGUAAUCUUGUGCCUGGUCAAUGAAAAUGUUAUUGUUUUGUUAUACCUGUAAAAUAUGAAUAUUCAUAAGCAGAUGUUUUAUGGUGGAAUAAGGGUGGAUCAUUUCCUAGUGACCCUGGCAACCCUGUAUGAGGUUUUGGAGUUGUUGUUUUUUUUUUAAUGAUUUGUUUUUGUUAAAAUAUUUUGUGUAGUGCAUAAAGGAUUCUGUAAAAGUGCUAUAGACUAGAGCAGAAUAAAUGGUAAUCAAUACAUGUUUUGAUAUACAUGUUAAUAAAAAUCAAUAUGACCCAUUGACAUUUUGUGGUAAUUGGUCAGAAACAAAGUCUGACCUUUUCUGGAGGUCUGGUAAACCUUGGGUGGUCUUCUGCUAAUCAGUGUCUGUAAUACUGUGCAGUCAUAAAUGUUUGAAUAUUUUAUUUGUAAUAAAAACCUUUUUUGUCA